GUGGUGGUCCCGCACAGUCAGUAGGGAUGUUGGCGGCGGUGGAGCACGGUCCCAUCCUGUGCAGCGACUCCAACAUCCUGUGCCUGUCAUGGAAGGGCCGCGUGCCCAAGAGCGAGAAGGACAAGCCGGUGUGUCGGCGGCGCUACUACGAGGAAGGCUGGCUGGCCAGCGGCAACGGGAGGGGCGUGGUGGGCGUGACCUUCACCUCCAGCCACUGCCGGAGGGACCGUGGCACGCCGCAGAGGAUCAACUUCAACCUGCGAGGCCACAACAGCGAGGUGGUCUUGGUGCGCUGGAACGAACCUUUCCAGAAACUGGCCACGUGUGACAUGGAAGGAGGGAUCUUUGUGUGGAUCCAGUACGAGGGACGCUGGUCCGUGGAGCUGGUCAACGACAGAGGGGCUCAGGUGAGCGACUUCACCUGGUCCCACGACGGCACUCAGGCGCUCAUCGCCUACAGGGACGGCUUCGUGCUGGUGGGCUCGGUCAGCGGGCAGCGCCAUUGGUCUUCGGAGAUCAACCUGGAGAGUCAGAUCACCUGCGGCAUCUGGACGCCCGACGACCAGCAGGUGUUGUUCGGCACGGCCGACGGCCAGGUGAUCGUGAUGGACUGUCACGGCCGCAUGCUGGCCCACGUGCUGCUGCACGAGUCCGACGGGAUCCUGGGGAUGUCCUGGAACUGCCCCGACUUCCUGGUGGAGGACAGCACGGAGAGCGACGCCGACUCCGACGACAGCUUCCUGCCUUUAGUGCGGCGAGUCAACCCUUUGCUGACGGUCACCUUCAUCUCGGGGCAGAUCAGCCUGAUGAACAACUACGACGACCUGUCCCCGGCGGUCAUUCGCUCGGGUUUGAAAGACGCAGAGGCCCGAUGGUGCUCGCAGGGAGACCUGCUGGCCGUGGCCGGCAUGGAGAGACACGGGCUGAGCGCCGACUCCGCUGCCUUGACGAGGAACGCCCUGGUCAAGUUCUACAACGUCCAGGGAGAACACAUCUACACUUUGGAGACACCUGCACAGAGGCCGAUCACGACCAUCUGCUGGGGUCACCGGGACUCCCGCCUCUUCUUGGCGUGCGGGCCGGCGCUGUACGUGGUGCGCGUGGAGCACCGCGUGGCCAGCCUGCAGCUGCUCUGCCAGCAGGGCAUCGCCAGCGCCCUGCGCGAGGAGAAGGACGUGGGCAAGCUGAACAUGCCUUCGCUGCUCUGCUCCUACGUCACCACCGCCUUCAUCCCCACCAUCAAGCCCCCCAUUCCCGACCCCAACAACAUCCGCGACUUUGUCAGCUAUCCCACCACCGGAAACGAGCGUCUCCACUGCACCAUGAAGCGGGCGGAGGACAGCCCGGAGGCGGGGGGGCCCUGCUACACCCUCUACCUGGAGUACUUGGGAGGGCUGGUGCCCAUCCUCAAAGGGAGGCGCAUCAGUAAAUUACGGCCCGAGUUUGUCAUCAUGGACCCCAAAACGGACAGCAAAGCAGAAGUGUGCGUGAAUCCGAUGGUUUCGUACGCCGACAGCUGCAACUGCUCCGACUCCAGCGACAUCGAGCUGAGCGACGAAUGGGUCGGCAAAAAGUCUCCAAAGUUCUCCCGGGGAAACAGAAUGAACUUGGACUCAAGAAAAUCUCCUAAACUUUCACGCACUAACCAGGAAGGCCAGCGGUCACCACGGCUACCGACCAAAAAGCCUCCCGUUCGAUCCCCGAGCCUGACGCGCAGAGAGUUCACCAUGGACGGACUCACAGAGCACAACUACCUUGCUCAAGUCACAUCCAACAUUUGGGGGACAAAGUUCAAAAUAGUCGGACUGGCCUCGUUCCUUCCCACCAAUCUUGGUGCAGUCAUCUACAAGACCAGUUUGCUUCAUUUGCAACCGAGGCAGAUGACGGUUUACCUGCCGGAGGUCCGCAAGAUAUCGCUUGACUUCAUGAGCCUGCCUGUCUUCAACCCCAACGUCUUCAGUGAGGAUGAGGAUGACUUACCAGUGAUGGGCUCCUCUGGAGUGUCGGGAGACAAUCCGCCAUGCACCGUCAACAUCCCCAUCGCGCCCAUCCACAGCCCGGCGCAGGCAAUGUCGCCGACUCAGAGCAUUGGGCUCGUCCAGUCUCUUCUGGCCAAUCAGAACAUCCAGCUGGAUGUUCUCACCAACCCGACGACCAACGUGGCUGUAGCCGCGGCAGUCCCUGUCCCUGACCGCAGCCAGGAUCAAGUUUCCGCACCGUACCCAGUUCCAGCCAGAUACCCAAACCCCGGGCAGGUGAUCUUCAACAGGCUAGACAUCGGUCCACUUCUUCCCGGUACGCUGCCUCCCCCUCCACCGCCUCACCAUCUCCCGCCGCAGCCUCGGCCUCAGCAACCUCGACAACCGCCGCCCAAGCAGUCGCAAUCGUCACAACCCCAGCACCAGCCGCAGAAAAUGCACCAUCAUCAUGCGCAGCUCCAGCAGCAGCCUCCGCAUCAGCAGCAGCAGCACCAACAGAUGCAGCCAUCCCCACCCAAGGCGGCCAGCCACCAGAUCCAGCAGCAGCAGAUACAACAGCAGCAGCAGCAGAUGCAGCUUCAGCACGAGCAGAUGCAGCAGCAGCAGCAGCAAAUGCAACAGCAGCAGCAGCAAAUCCGCCAGCAGAUCCAAGAGAUGAGGCAGCAGCAGCAGCAGCUCCAGCAGCAGCACCAGCAGAUCCAGCAGCAGCAUCAGCAGAUGCAGAGGCAGCACCACCAGAUGCAACAGCAGCUGAAGAUGCAGAUGACUCUCCCACCACCCCCAUCUGGCUACCCGACCAUUUCUCUACAACAGAUUCAUCUCCUGCCUCCGAUUCCGCCUCCUCCCACCACAGAGCCUGGACAGGAUCGAGAACACGGGCACAUGCUGAAGCCUAGCCUGCCCCGGACUUUACCUCCUUCCUUCACGGCCAGAAACGGUUCUGUGGAGAUCCAAGUGAGGAAGGUGAACCCGCCUCCUCCAUACCCGGGCACAGUGGCAUCUGCCGCGGCAGCCGCAGCAGAUGCUGCCCAAACGCUCAUCGCAAACUGUGACGGCGCGAGCAUUCUGGUGCAGGAGUCCUGCCUGAAGAAAGAUGACUUUCUGAUUCAGCCCAUGACCUUACAAUACCCGACCCCUCUGGGGUAUGAAAGGAUUACCACCUUUGACAGCAGCGGUAAUGUGGAAGAAGUUUGCCGCCCUCGAAGGCGCCUCAUGCGCAACCAAAACGCCUACGCGGCCAAUGGCUCGGCCACGUUAAAAGUGACCUCGUCUGAGAGUAAAAAGAUUAACCUUCCCUACAGCUCGGCAACGCUGAGCCGGCUUUCAGUCCCUCGGUACUCAAUACCGAGCGGAGACCCGCCCCCGUAUCCAGAUCCGGCCAAUCAGGUAACCGCCACGCUUGCUCCUCCUCAGAGAAAUGAGAGCAGCCUGAUCCACGCCACUCUUCGCCGUGACCGCAGGGAUGUGAUGCUCAAAGUGCCCCCAAUGACGGACAGUUCGCGGACCCUUCCCACCAAAGCAAAGAUGAACAGUGCAGUGGGUAUAAACUACCAACAGAGGGCGCCCACGGCCCUUUACACCUGCACACAGUGUAGCAGCAAUAGCAGCAGCACCAGCGUCAGUGUAAGCGGCGGCGGGACAUCGAGUAGCGGCAUUGCGGGCGGAACAGUAGUGAGGCAAGAUUUCCCGCCCGGUAAAGGCGCACACCACAGUACCAUUAUUGUGCACUCCAAAAGUGCCUCCCAGUCAUCUUACAGUCUGCUGGGUACCCUCGAUAGCAGCCGAGACAGAACCGUGUAUGUUAACUCUGCCUUCACUGAAGAUGAGAGUUCAAGUCCGCAUUGUCACCUGGACAAAUCCGUCCGACAGAUGACCCUUGGGGAUUUGACAGCGAAGCGCCCCCCACCUUACCAGUGGGACACCGCAGCCACGGAUGAGUUCUGGCUCUCUCCAGAACAAACCAUAUUGGCUCCCCCGCAAGGACCCCACAAACCACCCUCUAUCAUCAUUGGCCAGGCGCAGCACUUGGAUGUGAGCCGACUCCCUUUCGUCCUCACGACCAAACCUCCGUCCAGUUCAAGCACAAGCACUUUGACCUUACCAUCCGGCUACCAGAUAUCCCUCUCUCCCUUCCCUGCAGGCGUGGGCCACAGUAGACCCCCACUUCAAACCUUACCGAACCCUCCAAAUGAAGUGGUUCUUCCAAUUCCGUUCGCCCAGCCAGACUCCAAUUUGGUUUUGUCGACAGGGUACUCUGCAAGUCUGGCUAACUUGGCGUGCUGCACUCUCCCCCCGAUGUACCCGGGAGCCAGCUCCUGUGCGGGGCUUCAGUUGCACCCUGUCAACCUGCACCCCUGGAACCCGUACCCUUGCCCGCCCCCCAUGCAAGACCCUCCUGCGCCUCCUCUCCCAACCAAAACUCAUCAGAUAUUAGAAAAGCCGAUUCUAUCGCCGCCGCCUCCAAAUGCACCACCUCCACCACCCCCUCAGCCACCCCCGCCACCACCCACAGAGCUACCCCCCACUAAAUGUGCCACAGAGGACCUUGCAGAGUCUGCUAGCAGCUUUCAAGAGCCGACGUCCUUAAACGCCAGCCCGCAAGAGUCGGACCGGUUCACUAAAAAAAGCCGGAAAAGACUGGACAGUCGAGCCGAGGAGGCCAACAUGUCUUCGGUCUCCGAAGGCAGGUCCAGAAAGGAAGGUCGCUCUUUGUCAGAUUUCAACUCUCUGAUCGCCAGCCCGCGGCUCGGCAGCAGAGAGAAGAAGAAGCCCAAGGGCCCGAGAGAGCAGCUCAACAGGACCAAAAAAAUGAGCAGGGCAGCCAAUGAGUUCCAGGACAGCUCGGAGAGCGAGCCGGAGCUCUUCAUCAGCGGCGACGAGCUCAUGAACCAGAACCAAAGCAGCAAAAAGAGCUGGAAGAACAAGCGGAGCCUGCGGAUGGCCAGCGAGCUGGAAGAGAUCAAGUGCCGCAAAGCCAACGAGCGCGAGGACCGCAGUCUGGGCAGCCAAGGCUUCGUUUACGUGAUGGCCAACAAGCAGCCGCUGUGGAACGAAGCCACCCAGGUCUACCAGCUGGACUUUGGAGGACGCGUCACUCAGGAGUCUGCAAAGAACUUCCAGAUUGAGCUGGACGGCCGACAGGUCAUGCAGUUUGGACGCAUCGAUGGCAACGCCUACAUUCUGGAUUUCCAGUAUCCCUUCUCGGCGGUGCAGGCGUUUGCCGUCGCCUUGGCCAACGUGACUCAGCGGCUGAAGUGAAAAGUCUAUUUUUCACUUUUCGACGUGCAGAUUUUCUUCUUUUGUGCGCCAAAACUUCCUUUUUUGUCCUUUUGUCGUCAUUAGAAAAAGCACUUUUACUUUGAAAAAGCCUCAUUGAAUAAGCUACAUUUGCAAUAGUCGUUUAAGUACGUCAGGGGUCACCAAGGCGGUGCCCGUAAGGACCAGUUGAGUCGCCCGCUGGCCUGUUCUAAAAAUAGCUCAAAUAGCAGCACUUACCAGUGAGCUGCAUCAAUUUUUUAAAUUUUAUUUAUUUACUAGCAAAAUGGUCCCGUUUUGCUCGACAUUUUUGAUUCUAAAAGAGACAAAACUCAAAUAGGAUUUGAAAAUCCAAGAAAAUAUUUUAAAGACUUGGUCUUCACUUGUUUAAAUAAAUUCAUUUAUUUAUUUUUUACUUUGCUUCUUAUAACUUUCAGAAAGACAAUUUUAGAGAAAAAAUACAAUCUUAAAAAUGAUUUUAGGAUUUUAAAUUCCUUCCUCUUCUUUCCUGACAAUUUAAAUCAAUGUUCAAGUAAAAACAUUUUUUUAUUGUAAAUAAUGAUCAAUUAAUUUUAAUUUAAUUCGUCAUUUUAGCUUCUGUUUUUUCGACGAAAAAUAUUUGUGAAAUUUUUCUUCAAUUAAAAUUCCCCAAAAAUAUUCUGGCAAAUCUAGAAAAUCUUUAGAAUCAUAUUUAAAUCUUAUUUCAAAGUAUUUUGGAUUUCUUUUAACAUUUUUGUUCUGGAAAAUCCAAAAGAAAUAUUGAUUUUUUUUUUUGUUAGAAAUAUAGCUUGGUCCAAUUUGUUAUAUAUUCUAACAAAGUGCAGAUUGGAUUUUAACCUAUUUAAAACAUGUCAUCAAAAUUCUAAAAUUAAUCUUAAUCAGGAAAAAUUACUAAUGAUGUUCCAUAAAUUAUUUUUUAAAAUUUUUUUCAAAAAGACUCGAAUUAGCUAGUUUUUCUCUUCUUUUUUUCGGUUGAAUUUUGAAUUUUAAAGAGUCGAAAUUGAAGAUAAACUAUGUUUCAAAAUUUUAUUUUAAUUUUUUUCGUGUUUUCUCCUCUUUUAAACCAUUCAAUUAAGUGU